AUGAAAAGUUUUAUUGCAUUAUUAUUACUUUCUGUGGCAUUAACUACUUAUGGAGGUAUUAUAAAAAGGCUUAAAAAUUUAAGUGAAAAAGAAGUUAAAGCUUACUUCGAUUAUGAUGCAAGAUAUAGAAUGAUGCCUUUAGGUGGAGCUGCUUAUGGACAAAAAGAUAAAGUUCAAGAUUGCUUAGAUAAUGUAUAUGGAGCUGGAAAUGCAACAGUAACAAAGAUAGUUGAAGUUGUUUGUGAUUCAAGUGAAAGUGAUACAUGCCAAGGAUUCACUGGUGUUAAUCAUGUUGAAAAAGCUAUUAUUGUUGCUUUUAGAGGAUCUCAAGGAAACCUUCAACUUUUACUUGAAGGAUCAGAUGCUUUAUUUAGUAAAAAAGCUAAUUGGAUAACAGGAGGAAAAGUUUGUCAUUACUUUGCAAAUGCUUUCAAUAUGAUGUGGAAUGGUGGCCUUAGAGAUGAUUUCUUGUCAUUAAAGAAUAGCUAUCCAGAUUAUGAAUAUUGGUUUACAGGACAUUCAUUAGGAGGUUCUUUAGCAACACUUGCUGCAGCAGAGGUUAUACAUGCUGGAUAUGUUUCAGCUGAUAAUUUAAUUGCUAUAACAAUGGGUGAACCGAGAACUGGUGAUCAUGAAUUUGCAAAAAAAUAUGAUCAAAUUGUAAAAUAUAACUAUAGAGUUGUUCAUAACAACGAUCCAAUUCCACACAUCCCAUGGGAAUUUGUUGAAUAUCGUCAUCAUAAACAAGAAGUAUGGUAUAAAAAUGAUAUGAGUGUUGGUUCUCCAUUUAUUAUGUGUCCAUCAGACGAAUCAAAUAAAUGCAGCAAUAGUGUACUUGGACUUUCAGCAACUGAUCAUGCUGUAUAUUUUGGUAAACAUAUGAAUAAUUUUGGAAGAGAUGGUUGUCCAGGAUUAACUGUUCCACCACCACCACCAGGUGCCAAUUAA